UCGGUUUCGGAUACUGCGUUCAAACAAGUCCACGUUCAUUAUAUUUCCCUCGCCCCUCCCUCCCUAUAUAUAUAUAUAAAUAAUAAUAGUAUUCCCUCCAAUCCCAUAACAAAGUUAGAAAGAAAGAGAGAGAAAGAGGGCGGGAGAUCGAUUCUAGAGAGAGAAAAUGGAAUGGAAAAAAUGCUACCUGGACGUGAUACUUGUGCCACUAGGGUUUUCACUAUGCAUGGGCUAUCACGUGUGGCUGUGGCAUAAAGUACGCACCCAGCCCUUUUCUACUGUCAUCGGAACUAAUUCCCGCGGCCGCCGUUUCUGGGUCUCCGCCAUCAUGAAGGACAACGAAAAGAAAAACAUCCUGGCGGUGCAGACGCUCCGAAACACGAUAAUGGGGUCGACGCUAAUGGCGACGACCUCAAUCCUCCUCUGCUGCGGCCUGGCCGCCGUGAUAAGCAGCACCUACAGCAUCAAGAAGCCCCUAAACGACGCCGUGUACGGGGCCCACGGCGAGUUCAUGGUGGCGCUCAAGUACGUCACGCUCCUCGUCAUCUUCCUAUUCUCGUUCGUCUGCCACUCGCUCUCGAUCCGGUUCACGAACCAGGUCAACUUCCUCAUCAACUGCCCCCCGGACACCUCGAGCGGCGUCGUGUCGCCGGAGUACGUCGGGGAGCUGCUCGAGAGGGGGUUCGCGCUGAACACGGUUGGGAACCGACUUUUCUACAUGGCGAUGCCGCUUAUGCUUUGGGUAUUCGGGCCGGUGCUCGUGUUUCUGUGCUCCGCCACGCUGGUGCCGGUGCUGUAUAAUCUGGACUUUGUGUUCGCCGCCGCCGCCGAGAAGAGGAAGUCCGGGGCGGAGGUUGGUGGUGGGAAUGAGCAUGACUGUGGAUCUGUGUAAUUGUACGUGGAUUAUUAAUUGAUGAAACGGUGUCGUUUUUUAAGUUUCUUCUCUUGAUUAUAUAUCAAUGGUGGAAUUAACGUAAUAUUUUCUUCUG